AUGGCACAAAUCUUUGGGGAGACAGAGCCGGUGCGGAUGACAUCGGAGGGCUCAGACUGUCGAUGUAAGUGCAUCAUGAGGCCACUGAGCAAGGAUGCGUGCCAGCAUCUGAGGAGCGGAAAAGCACGGGUGGAGGACUUCUACACGGUGGAGACCGUCAGCUCUGGAUCGGACUGCAAGUGUUCCUGCACAGCCCCUCCCUCCUCCCUCAACCCCUGCGAGAAUGAGUGGAAGAUGGAGAAGCUGAAGAAACAGGCCCCAGAGCUUCUCAAGCUCCAUUCCAUGGUGGACCUACUGGAGGGGACGCUGUACAGUCUGGACCUCAUGAAGGUUCACUCCUACAUCAAUAAGGUGGUCUCCCAGAUGAACACACUAGAGGAGACAAUCAAGACCAACCUGACUCGGGACAAUGAGUUUGUAAGGGACAGCAUGAUCACUCUGACAAACCAGUUUAAGAGGUAUGAGAACUACUCAAACAUAAUGAUGAGCAUCAAGAAGGAGAUCUCCAGCCUGGGGCUGCAGCUACUGCAGAAAGACCAAACAGAGACCAAAGCUCAGGUCACCAAUGAUGAGAAAACCAAAGAGACCGUAAAAAAACCUAACAAAAAGUCCCCUGCAUCCAAACCCCCUCCCAAGCCGCCCAAGGAAAAGGUUGUAAAACCCAAGAAAGAGAGCACCAAACCUGGGAAGCCCAUCAAGCCUGACCCCACAGCCAAGGCCAAGGUGGCAGGGCACCAGCCGGGGGUAGUGAGGGGCAUCACAUACUACAAAGCAGCCAAGGUGGAUGGGGACGGGCAUGUCACAGGCGGUAAAGACAACGCUGCCAAGACUCAAACCGUCCAACACGUCAAAGAGACACACUCGGAGGACGGAGGCGCUGAAAUCAUCUUGGAAACCAUAAAGGGAACCACAGCUGAGUCGACAACUACCACAGAAACUGCUGUCACUACCACGACAACAAUGGCAGCAACAACAACAACAGCCAGUACCACAAUGCCAUCUACUACCACUACCACCACCACCACCAGUGCAGCAGGAGUAGAGAGGCUAGACAGACCAGCUCCCACCAUCAUGCUCUUCCUGGACAACUCAGACAACAACAGCCGGCCAAUCCUACACAGAGCAGGGAAGAUCCUAGACUGUGAGGGGACCCUGGCGUCUAUCGAGCUCCCAGAGAAGCAGCACAGCUAUGGGCGGAAUGAGGGAGCCUGGAUGAAGGAUCCUCUGGCAAAGGACUCUAAGAUCUACGUCACUAACUAUUACUAUGGCAACAACCUGGUGGAGUUCCGAAACCUGGACAACUUCAAGCAAGGUCGUUGGAGCAACCUCUUCAAACUGCCUUACAACUGGAUCGGCACAGGCCAUGUGGUGUACAACGGAGCAUUUUACUACAACAGAGCUUUCACCAAAAACAUAAUUAAGUACGACCUAAGGAUGCGCUACGUGGCCGCCUGGACCCUCCUGCAUGACGUGGUUUACGAGGACACCACCCCUUGGAAGUGGAGAGGCCACUCGGACAUUGACUUUGCCGUGGACGAGAGUGGGCUGUGGGUGAUCUACCCUGCCACGGACUAUGACUACUCUCAGCAGGAGGUGAUUGUCAUCAGUAAGCUGGACCCUGGGGAUCUGUCCAUGAAGAAGGAGACAACUUGGAGGACGGGCCUGAAGAGGAACUCCUACGGGAACUGCUUCAUCAUCUGUGGGGUGCUGUACGCUGUGGACGUCUAUAACCAGAAGGAAGGGGAGGUGAACUAUGCCUAUGACACCCACACCAACUCAGAGGCUAUCCCUCGUCUGCCCUUUACCAACGAAUACGCCUACACCACCCAGAUCGACUACAAUCCCAAGGAGAAGGUCCUGUACGCCUGGGACAAUGGACACCAGAUCACAUAUAACAUACACUUUGUUGACCAAUGA